UCAAGCAUUGCUAGGAUUUUCUGUUAUUUGGUGGGUAAAAAUACAUUUGAUUGAGAGUUGCUUAUAAUGGUAAUAUUCAAAUAAUGGUGCUCAAGAAGACUCCGAACAAAAGUGUAAAACUUCUGUUGUUAUUUUUGUUUCCCUGUGUUGUUUAUCUUCACAAAACUUGUACUGAUUUGUCUAAACUUAGUUUGGUUCAUGUUGGACAAAAACUAGAAAAUAAAAACAAAAUACAGAGUUAUAUUGUUGGCGGAUUGAUGACAUGUGCCAGGGAGUGUCUGGUUCAGACAAAUUGUUUAUCAUUUAACUUUCAUUUAACAUCAGGACUUUGUGAAUUAAUGAGAAUAGAAGCUGAUCUUUCAACUUUAGUGUCAUUUCCUGAUGUCGCGUAUGGUUCUAAAAUAGACUGGAGAAAGGAAAUAACAGGACCAUGCCAGUACACGGAUUGUCCACCGAAUUAUAAAUGUCUUGCAGGAUCAAAUGGAACCACCUGUGUUUUGACAGAAUGUGGGCUACCUUUGUUAGAAUAUGGAAUUAAUGCUCUAUAUAAUGGAACUGGUAUGGGAUUUACAGCGGUUUUUACUUGUUCAGGACUUGGAAUACACCCAGAAAAUGUAAGUCUGACUUGUUCCAGUACGACCGGACGUUGGGAAGGUGGUCGUUGUCGAAAGGUGGCUUCUUGUGAAGCUGUUAAAGACUGUGGUCCUGAUUAUUUAGAUGGUGAAUAUUGGUUAUAUCCUAUGAUAUAUGGUAAUAGACAGAGAAUUAAAAUCUAUUGUUUUGGUCUAAAUACGGGAAAUCCACAGGCUUAUGUAAGCUUACCAGUGGGAAAUAAACACUAUUUUCCUAAAUACCACUAUCUCUACGUAGGCUCAUGUGCUCUGAACGAUAACUAUUAUCUUUCAGGCGAAUCUGUUUUUACAAAAAUAGGUUUAAAUGUCGACACCAUGACCAUUAGAUCCCAGGAUUACCAAUUCACUCAAGUUCUAUGGGGCAUAAAUGGCAAGUACGCAGUUGCGGCAGACUGCGUUCAGCGACCCAGUCAAACAUGCACCCAAGAAAAUUAUGGUUCUUUCAAGAUAAAUACAACUGGCACCGGCGUAAUCAUUGAUCGAACGACCAAAUGGGUUUUAUUUGGAUGGGGUUCGGCCCAGAAAUAUUUUAAUCGAGACAGUGAUCAGGUGAUUGAGAUUCAAUGUAGAGGAUACUGUGGAGGUUGCCAACCGGAAUCAGAUGUUAAAUUGCAAGUGGAUAAUGACACAGUUUUAGAUGACAAUAUGGCUGAUGAAGUUUCAUGUUCUCCUUAAAGAUGCAUUAUGUAAGACUAAAUCUGCCUAUUGCAAGUCUAUCUUUUGGCUUAAAAAGUUUUAAAAACUAUUAUUUAGACAAGCCCAUAAUCAUCUAUCCUAGAUCAUCGUAUGGUCGUGAUUUUGAAUGGAUUAAAACGCGAUCGCCACUUUAAUAAUUUAACUGAAAAACGGAUAAUCGAUACUGUUUAGGAUGGCAAGUACCAGGCAAUCGAGACUUGUAAAAACUUUAAACACUCAUAACUUCGGCCAGCAUAAGAUAAUUUGAUCGAAAUGUUUUAAUAUAUUCAUUUGUUUCAUUAUCUAUUUUUAAGUUAUUAUAACAAGAACGGUGAGUUCUUUAUUUAAAUAUGAUAUACUACAUCUUUAAUCACCCGGCUCACAUAAGGAUCAGCUCCAGUUUAUAUAUUUUUCUAUGCACUUUUUAAUUUCUUGUAAUCGCCUCUCGACCCCUGAACAAUAAUUUAUUUAUAUCUGAUAAGAUGAUGACAAAACAGGCAACGCACAAUUAAUAUUCAAAACGCAUUACGCUUAAAAAUCAAGAAUUCGUUUUGAAAAUAUUAAUUUUUGUUUUUGUUGUGAAAAAAAAAGAAAAUGCGGAAACGACUUUUAUUCAUAGUAUUAGACUACAUAUUACCUAGACCCUGGUGGAAAAGAUUGAUAACAUUCAACUUAUUUUGCAUAACAU